UGCGACAGCUUGCGUCGAGCAAAGCCACAUGCAAUCAAAUCGACCAUCCGAACAGAGUUCUGGCCGUGGCGCGUAGUGUACGAAACAGCCAGCGGCCGCCAGCACCGACUCCCGCCUGCUUGGACCAGGAUCUGUCCUGAAUCCGAUUCCCGCACAGUCCGCCGCCUUCCCCCUCGUUCGCUCUGCAGCGAUGGACACCGCCGAGCCUGCAAUCGGCGCUGCCGCAGACCUCUCGGGAGCAACGCCGCAGAGCAAGCUCGCCCACACCAACCCCCUGGCCAAGAAGCUCGCCCAGGUCCUCACGAUCUCGCUUGAGGAUCAACAAACUCAAAAUGCGCUCGAGGCACUCUCGGAGUUCUAUGUGUCUAGCAAGGGCACAUCCAAGCGAAGCUUCAGGGCAGAUGUCGAGCGCAGAGUCAUCUUGAUGAACAACCGGUUCCUCGACUCGCUCAAUGGCAUCAACCAGGCCUUCUUGGAUAUCGAAAAGCAGGUCACAGAAAUGAACUCGCAGUGCCAGGAGAUGGAAGACAAGCUCAAGACCGCAAACGAGCGAACCUUCCGAAUUGUGUCGAGAAUCAAGGAUAUGAAGGAGAGCAGCCAACGUGCUCUCAUCCGCAAAUCGCUCGCCGAAGCCUUCGUGAAGCGAUUCACGCUUUCGGACCAAGAAAUCCAGAUCCUGACGACCCCACAUCUCGAGAUCAACAAGAGCUUCUUUGAUGCCCUGGACCAUCUGCACCAGAUCAACGAGGACUGUCGAGCGCUGCUUGUCACCGACCAUCAACAUGCAGGCCUCGAGAUCAUGGACUCCAUCACCAUCUACCAGGAUCUGGCCUACGAGAAGUUGUUCAAAUGGACACAAGCCCAGUGCCGCGGACUGACCCGGGACAUGCCGGACCUCAACCGAACGCUCAAGGACGCCAUGCGAGCACUCAAGCUUCGCCCAGUUCUGUUUCAAACAUGCGUCGAGGAUGUGUGCCAUAUCCGGCGCACGGCCGUCGGGAAGGCCUUCCUUGACGCCCUCACCCGAGGCGGGCCGGGUGGCUUUCCCAGGCCGAUGGAGCUGCAUGCCCACGAUCCUCUGCGAUAUGCCGGCGAAAUGCUCGCGUGGGUCCACCAGGCCUCGGUGGGCGAGCACGAGAUGCUUGAGGGGCUGUUCGACAUCCGCAAGAAGCCGGCCCUGCACAGUCCUAUCCGGACACAGAGCUCAGCCGAGGAAGAUUCCCCGUCCGGCCUUGAGUCCCUUCUGGAUGACUCGGACGUGGUGGAACGGAUCUUGAACAAAGGGCUCGAAGGCGUGUGCCGUCCGCUGAGAGCUCGUCUCGAGUCCAUCAUCGCCACGCAACAGAAGCCCCUGGUCAACUACAAGCUGAUGAAUCUCGUCCAAUUCUACUACAACACCGUCAGUCGAGUCUUGGGGUCGUCGGCUGAGCUCACCAUCACCCUGCACGAGAUCGAGGGAGUGGCCAACCAUGCCUUCUUCGAGAAUCUGAACGGCCAGGCAUCCGAGAUGAUCAAGGCUCCUGAGGCUCCAAAGCGCGAUCUGCUGCCCUCCCCGACCAUCAACGACGCCGUUUCGCAGCUGAAAGAGAUCAUGACCUCGUACCAGUCAUCGCUGGUGCCGCACGAGGAACGCGAAAAGGACUUUGCCAACCUGCUGCGCGCCCUGCUCGACCCACUGCUGCAAGUCUGUGUGCUCGGUUCGGCCGCGCUCUCGACCUUUGAGAGCGCCAUCUACAUGGCCAACUGCCUCUACCACGUUCAGACGACCUUGAAGCCAUAUCCCUUCACCGACCAGCAAAUCGCGGCACUCGAAGGUCAGAUUCAGCAUCAACUUGAAACGUUGAUCCAGGAGCAGCACACAACGAUUCUCAAGCGCUCAGGCUUGGCUUACAUGGUUGAGACCAUGGACAAGAAUGAUAAGCAUGAACCACUCGCGCUCCUCCCCGGAAUGGACGCCCGCUCCAUCUCCGACGCCAUGUCCCAGCUCGACACUUUCCUUUGCAAUGUCGCUGUCGAGGCGUCGUCGUUGCUUGCGCGGCUCACGAGCUCGCGCCUGGCCAAGACCGUGGUCCAGCGAGCGCUGAGGCUCUUUGUCGACGACUACUCGCGAUUCCACGACGCCGUUAUGGAUCCCUCCAACCGAUACGAGUUCCCGUCGACAAUCCUGGCCCGAACAGUGGGCGAGGUCGAGACGCUGCUGGGUGAUGAUCUACUGUGAGGGAUGCCGACGCGGUGUAGCCGAGCAGUGGAUAUUCCCAGCAAUGCGAACGAUCCGCCAUGCCAGCCAAGGAAGCACACGGAAAAGUGCCCUCAGGGCCGCUGCCAGCCAAUAAAUCGCUGCUGUUUCGGAAGUCGACUUGCCAACACGCCCUGCUU